AUGGCAGAAUCUGUUGAUUCCAGUCUAUUGCCGCCUAUAGCAACUCUUCCACUUCCUCAAUCAGCUGCAAUCAAGCGAUUGUCAACCAAAUCUCUUUCACGCAACAGUUCGGGUAUGCUACAAGCUUUCAGUACAAGUGCAGACGAUGAAUUGCUGACUGAGAGUGAAGGGAUUUCAAGUGAUCCAGUGGUUGGAAACGGAGACAUUUUGUCAGCUCUGCUACAAGAAAAAAUGCAAGUAUAUAUGACUUCACCCGAUCUUGAAUUGUUAUGUCGAGAAAACGGUCUUUCAGCUCUGCAAUUUGCACGAAAAACCGAGCGAGUGACGUCUUUGGAUUUAUUUAUGGGAUUCUGGACAUCCAUGAAGAGCGUCAUGCAUUUCCCGGCACUAAAAGAGCUAUCAAUUGUGAACCAAACGACGAUUUGUGAGAUUGAAGGAGUGAAUCAAUGCACAAAUCUGGAGAGUUUAUGUAUCACAGAGUGUGGCUUGACAAGAAUUGCAAAUUUAGCGAAUUGUACAAAAUUGAAGCACCUGAAUUUGAGCUCAAAUAAUCUUCAAAAACUGGAAAAUCUCGACACGCUUGUAAAUUUGGAGACAUUAUGGGUGAAUCAAAACAAGUUAGAGACGCUAGAUGGACUGGGGCGAGUGACAAAAUUAACACAUUUAUGGGCGUGUCGAAAUCAAAUCAGUUGUAUCAAUUCAUCGCUUAUGAGCUGCGUGAAUCUUAAGGAACUGAACCUUGCAGAUAACAACUUAUCGAGUUUGAAAGGACUGCUAUCACUUGCGACAAUGGACCAGCUUUCAAGUCUCAUAUUGAGUGAUGUCCACUUUGGCGACAAUCCAGUGUGUCGAUUAUGCAAUUAUGAAACGUUUUUAGUGUGUCAACUACCUCGAUUAACAUUUCUAGACACCUUAUUACUUCCCGCGCGAAACAAACAAAUCGCCGAAACAACUAUGAUUAAGAAGACAAUAUACUACAAUAUGCGAAUCAAGGCCAUCAAACGCGACAUGUAUCAACUUCUUCGACAUACCGAGAUCAUCCGUAAGCAAGCUGAGUAUCAUAUGGAAGCGAGUGUAUGGGCAUUGGUGCGGCAAAAGAAAGAAAUUGAGUGUUUUAUGAUUGAGAACAAGGCAGUGUCGCCCGAGAGGAUUGAGAGUUUUGAGAAAAGGCUGGAAUGUUUAAAUUCCUGGCUUCGAGAUCGCUACACUACUGUUUAUCGUAUGAAUCAAGACUUUGAACGAUUAAGAGUAGGACUGCAGUCGUUGUCAGACUGGAAUGUUGCGCGUCUGAUGCUGGAACUAGAAAGUGGCGGCAAUAUUCGACUUGAGGAUGCAAAUCCUUCCGAUGCGUGGUUUGUAUCAUGUGAAGAGCUAGUUCGCUCGCGAUUGUAUCUUUCAGGGCUACAGAAAUUUGGUAUCAAGGACAUUAAAAUCAAUCGAGUGACAAGAAUAAACAAUAGAUUCUUACGGAAUCGAUUUCAGGCCCGAAUGGAAGAGGUGCUCAUAGUUCCCGACACAGAUUUGAAGGAAAAUAUCACGAAAAAAGGUGUGACUUUGUCGGAUCAGAACGUAAAAGAGGAGUUAGAUUGUGUAAGCGCGCCAGGGAAAAAGUAUGGAUUGUCUCACGUGCACCUGACAGAAUCCCCAAGUGCUUCAACAUUGGAAUGUACAACAGAAUAUUUAUUUUACGCGCUGCCGUCACAACUUAAUGAUGAAGUUGUAUGCAAGUCAGUAAGUCCAGAAUACCUUGACAUCGCAGAGAAUGGGUUUUGUAAAUCUUCCAAUUUUAGUGCAACCGACUUUGGAGCUGCAAUCAGACUUUCCAAUUCGAUUGCAUUGCUCGAUGCACCGCGAAUCACCGAAGCACUUCUCGCACAAGGUCUUCAAAUAAAUAGCACAGGGGGAAGUCAGGUAUCAAAGCAAGCAAGCUCGGCUGAAGAUAUUCAAAAAGCCGUGGAACAUGCUGCAUCAUUCGGAAGGGAACUCCCCCCUUGUGUGCUUCUUGUGGCUAAAGUUUUCUCAGGACACACAAAAAGCAUGAGUAAUACGGAUGCGAUUCUCGCAAAACUAGCCUCCAAUAAGAGACCAAUGGAUUUUACAGGAAUCCAGAGUUGUCAAGUGGUUUAUGGAGGCUCUGCGGCUGCAAUUGCAGGAGAAUAUGUGACGAUGCAACAGCAAAAGUUGUUUUAUAUGUUUGAUGGGGCGUUGGUUCUACCGGAAUACUUUGUUGAGUAUCAGUAUAUCUACAAAAAUGACGGGUCGAAUCCACUUGACUCCGCAAAUGUGACUGAAUCACCUUGUGUCGUGCUUAGCAAUAAAUUGAACGUCUUUUCGGGCGUACUCGCUAAACAGUUAAAAAAAUUCGAACAAAAGUACCGUGUUUGGCGUUCUCAGAGUCCACAACUGCCUGGAAAGCGUCUGUCUUCUGAACAAGAUGAAGCUGUUGUGCGCUUGUUACAAAUGGAGCCCAUCUUAGCUGAAGUCAUUGAGUCCCCCAGUUUUACAAUGCGAUUGGAAAUAGCCAGGACUUGUCAUUUGAAGACUUUAUGUUUGCUCGGAUGUGGUUUAGACGCGAUUCCGGAUUUGAUGCCUCUUGCCAACCAUCUCGAAGUUUUGAUCCUAAGCUACAACAAAUUACAGAGCACAAGUAAUUUAAUGGGUCUUUCCAAGUUGAUCACGCUGGACCUAUCAUUUAAUUAUAUAGCACGUUUGGAAAACUUUGACACUCUUUGCAGUUUAAACACACUUGAAGUCACGCACAAUUUAGUUCAAUCAUUUGACGAAGUCGAUCGCAUUGGACAAGCACUGAAAAAUGUUGCACUGGAACAACUGGACUUUCGAAAGAACGACAUAUGUGACUCCAAGCGCUACAGGCUUCACGUGCUUCAUUUCUUACCAAAGCUUGCCCAGCUGGACCAACAAGCAGUACUUCAAGAAGAAAUUGCCACCGCCCAAUCGAUGGUAACUCAAAUAUCUUCCUCAACAGUCCCUUCUUUUUAUAAUAAAAAGUGUCAUAGCUCAAAGCCAUUACCUUUCAUUUCCGAUGAUGAAAAAAUCUCAGCCUCGUCACUAGUCAAAAUGGAAUGGAAAGUAGUCGAAGAGCUUUAUUUUGAUCAUCAGUUGCUCGAAUCGAUUGAGGGACUAUCAGAUGCGAUUAAUCUACGAGUACUUUCACUUUCCGACAAUGUGAUCAAACAAAUUGAUGGCCUUCAAGCAUGUAAAAGACUUGAAGAAAUCAAUUUAGAUGACAAUAAGAUCACAACGAUCGCGAAUCUGGACGGUCUCAUGCUACUCAAAACAUUAAGUCUCGGACGCAAUCGGCUAACUAGUAUUCAACACCUUGACUCACUAAGGAAUCUUACUCAGCUUUCCUUUGAAGACAACCAGAUCUCUAGUUUGAGAGGUCUUAAUUCUUCUUUAAAGCUGGUAGAGCUUUACAUAGCCAACAACCGAAUUAGUAAUCUGGAGGAAAUACAACAUCUAAAGUCUCUGCCCCGACUCACGAUUCUCGACUUAUCCGGAAAUGAGAUCACCUGUAUUCCGGAUUAUCGCCUUUACUCAGUUUUCUAUCUUCGACAUAUGAAGAUGCUGGAUUGUGUUGCUGUUUCUGCGCAGGAUGAAAGCGACGCAAGGGAAAAGUACAGUGGAAAACUAACUUACGAACUUAUUGUUGAGAAAUAUUUUGGUGAUUGUUCUGGUACAUCAACGGAUUUUAAUAAAUCUUCAAUCAGUGAGCUGCUCGACAUAAACGUUUCUUCUUGUCAGAUUCGAGAUAUUGGGCACGUUUCCGGGGAAAUCUUUAUAAAUGUACGCGAGCUGAAUCUUGAUAAUAAUCAAAUUAGCAAUAUUUUCGGGCUUGAGGCGCUACCAAAGUUGCGAAUUUUAAAGCUUAAUCGCAAUAAGAUAAUAAGGCUGGUUCCUGCAGGAUCAUCUUUGGUUUGCACAAUUUCGGAUAAUUGCAGUGUUGAAGGUGUGGGAAUCCUCGCUUGCCGUAAUCUUGAGAUACUGCACCUUGCGCAUAACCAGAUCUCGGACAUGUCAUCGCUAGGGCUUCAGUUUUUAAAGUUUCUUAAGGUUCUUCAUCUGCAUGGCAAUGCCAUCGAGUAUCUUGGAGGCCUUGAAAGCAACACGGAGCUUGUGGAACUACGAUUAGACAAGAAUCGAAUUCGGCACUUAAAUCCUCAAACAAGUUUUUCCUUACAGCAGCUGACAAUUCUAAACCUAGAGGACAAUGUACUUGAAUCUUUGUCAGAUUUCAGCAGUAUGCUAAGCUUAAAUACUUUGGAGCUGUCCAACAACCGAGUCACUGAAUUAAGAGAUGUCGAGAGUUUAAUUAUGUUGCCGGCCUUAGUCAACCUCAAUCUCAUUAAUAACCCUCUGACCAAAAUGCACCUAUAUCGACAGCUUGUGAUAUUUAAACUUAGUUCGCUCAGGAUAUUAGACGGCAAGGACAUUGAUAGUGAUGAGAGACAACGAAUCCAAUCUUAUUUUGCCCUUGAACAAGGUGCAUAUAAGGCAGUGAAGGCUGCCCCCGAAAUAAUGAUGGAAAACAGCACAAAAAUUACAACUCAGCUCAUCUUGGCUCCAUCAAGUAUUCCAACAAAAGCUGCACACUCAGCAGGAAUUUCUCAAUUCUGCGGAGCAGCAAACGAUAUUGGGUAUUCUCGUCAACCUCCCCCUUCAUAUUUCUCGCAGGGACAUGUGACAGUUGCACCACCAUUUUCGCUAUCGGAGUAUGAAGGUGAUUUUUUUAUUAGCAAGGCAAACACAAACACUCGAUCAUUGCACCCUGCAACACAAAAUUCAUAUGAUACCCAGACUUCUACUGAAAGUCAUAAUUCCGGCCGGCAAAUCGAUUUAGUCCGUCCAGGGGGUAUUGCAACGUUUUCGUCUUCACAGUCAGAUACAGUUACUUCAGCUUUGAUGAGUGCAAACCUGUCCGGCAUCAGUUUGCGGAAACAAGGAUCUAACAUUUAUCAUGACCCGCAGCAAAAUGAUGUUUCGCUUCAUGCCAAAGUUACCGAUAUAAAGCUUCCUGUCGGCAUAGUAUCGUCACAAGCUGUCAUCCGAAGUCCCAAUGCAAUGAUGAGAAAAGCCGGCUUCAAUGUCCAGCCUUCACAUGCUGAAUCAAGUUUUGCAGCUGACAGCUUGACGACUUACAAAGGUGACAAGCUUGGAAGGAAUCUUGAAGGAUACGUUGUAACUUACGGCAACCAGAAAAGGCAUUAUAGCACUCCAGUAACGACCAUUCCUCAACUUCUUCUGAAAGCACAACAGCAGACCAGCAAAAGACGAUAG